AUGAAAAUGCAAGAGGACCCGUCACAACCACUUACAUCCCAUGCUGCUAUUAACGAUGCUCCGGAUGGAGAUGAUCCGAACGAGAAAACCGAUGGCAAGUUGCAUCUUCCGGUGGGCGAUAUCGAUAAAAUGCAUGAGGCAAUUCCAUACUUGCCGCUUCCGAUUGCUCUGUUUUGCUUUGUCUUGAACAUUUCUAUACCAGGGGCAGGAACGAUGUUUUCCGGUAUAGUGGGUAUGUGCAUCGGUCAACCACGAAUGAGUGGGAUCCACGAGGGAAGAAUCUCAGCUUUGGUACUUUUGGAUUCUUUUGCAGUUUGUGUUACACGGUGGAUUGAUGAAGGAUAG